AUGUUGCGCCAAGGCAUCACGGCACUGCAGCCUCUGCAGCAGCAGCAGCCACAAGACUCGGUAGGCCAUGCAGUGGUGCCCGUGAAGUCGUCGUCGCAGCAGCAGCAGCAGCAGACAAGCAUGCCAUCAACGCUAUCAGAGGCACUGCAUGAGUUUUACCGGGCGCAUACACAGCUGGAACCGCACCAGCAGCAGCAACCGCCGCCGCCGCUUGUGCGUGGGCCUCGGCAGUCAGCGCCGCCGAACGUGCUCGCAAACAUCAUGCUGGCAAAGGAGCGCCUCUCUGCCUCCGUGGCGCGGUCGCACAGCCGCGAUCACAGCGUGUCGGAGACACCUGUCGAGCGUCACCGUGAUGGCAAGAAGGACCCACACAACCGCCAAGGGCAAGCGGCGCGGCCGUACCCCGGCAAGAUCCGCAACACUGCCGCCUUCUCUAGUGAAGGCGAGUGGGAAAGCAGCGCUUCUCAGAUGCGCUCCGCUUCGCCGCCGGACAGUAUCGCCACGGCUGCGCCACCACUACGCCCAGAGGUGCCCAUAACCCCUACCUCAGACGUCGAUCCUACGCAGCCGCGGGCGCUGUUGCACGGUCGCACAGCAGCCGCGCGGCACCCGGGCCCAGGUGUCACGUCCGUGGCUCUGCCGCCGUCUGGCACGCGAGCAGGUGCAAGUGCUGGGCCGCACAGAAAACCCUCGCCGUCACCAGAAGCUGCAGCGGACGACGAGCGUCAUCCCACGUCGUCCAGCGGCCUGGCCGACGAGCUUCAGCGCACCCGGCAGAAGCUGGCAGAGAUCCAACGCCUCUACAGUUUUGAGAAGCAGGCGCACCUGCAGCAGCGCACUCGGCAGCUGCGCGAAGAGGCGCAGAGGCGGCAGUCAGACGACGACAUCACGGAGCGGACGGCGCAGCUCUUGAUCGACUACGAGUCACUCAUUCGAUUCCGCGACACCGCCAGCCGAGAGCACCUGGAAGACGUUCUGCAGCGCGUCACGACCGAGUGGAAGCGAAGUGCCGAGAGUCUCGAGCAGACUCGCGCCGCGUGUGAAGAUGCUCUCCUUUCCCGCCUACACACGACGCUUUCAGAGCAGCAGCAGGCACUGGCAAAGAGCCUCCAGCGGCACCUCGCGUCGGUGGCCAAGUCUACAGUGGAGACGGAGCGUGCACAGCACGCGGCCAUCGCGGCUGCCGUCCAGGAGCAAGUUGAGUCCUUCAAGGAGGAGUACCGCCGUGUACUCGAGCAAGACAUGGCGGAGCGGCAGCGACUGAUGGAUGAGCAAGCGGCACACCGAGAGGAGCAGUGGCGAAGUUUCUUGAAGGACGAGCACGCCCGCAUGAUCGCCACCGGCGAGGCGGCUGCCCGUGAAGCGAGUCGUCGCCAGCUGGAGACACUGCACAUUGCAAUGCGCGACAUCACGGCGCUGCGGGAGCAGCUGCUGCAGGAGCAUACACGCCGGCAAGCACAGGUGGGUCAGGAGUACCUUGUGGCGUAUGAAAGCCUGGCCAACGAGUACGUUGCGUCCACGGAAGAGACGGCGGAGUACGUGCAGCGCCUGCAGCACGACUACGCAAGCGUCAUACACGCCUUACACAAGGAGGUGAACCGCGUGUCAGCAGAGAAGCAGGAGGCAGUGCGUCAGUCAGAGCAAUGCACGUUGCAAGUGGCGGAAGCCGUCGCGCAGCAGCUGCACUUCGCCGAGGAAUCGGUGGACUCGCGGUGGCAGGCUCGGUGGGCGGCGGAGCAGGAGGCGCACCGUACCGCUGUGCUGCGGCUGAUGCGUCUGCACGAGGAAGCCCUGGAGAAGGUGCGCAGCUCCAGUGCUGCCAAGGAGGCCAAGCUAAAGGAGGAGCAUGAAAGAGAGCACGCAGCAUGGGAGGACCAUCUGACGCGCCAGCAGGAGCAACAGACUGCCGCCGUCGACGACGCCCUCCGGAGUGCCCAGGCGACGGUGCAGAGAUUAGAAAGGGAAAAGGAGGGUCUCUCGGUGCAAGUUCAGCAGCUGAAGGACCAGCUGCGUCGUGAGGAACUUGCGCACGAGGCAGCCUUGCAGGACGCGCGUCAGGCCGAAGAAACGCGCUACACGUCGCAGCUAAACAGCCUCGAGGCGGCCUACGAUGCGGUACUGCAACAGUACAAGGAGAAGCUUAAGACGGCCUGCAACGGCAGUGACGGCUCUGCUGCCGGCUUCGCAACCGCGACGACCGCGGUGAAACGCGUGACGGAGCUGGAGAAGGAGCUGCACGAGGCUCGGACGGAGCACGCGACUCGAGUGCAGCAAGCCGUAGAGGAAGCGGUAGCACUAUGGUCAGCUCGGCUCGAGGAGUCCCGUCAGCAGCAGCGAGCCCACUGUAAAGUGAUGGAGCAGCAGCACCGUGCGCUGCGGGCGGCACUCCUCGAGGAGGUGCAGCGGCGCGACCAAGCGCUGGAGGAGAACUGUGUAGCCGAGCGCAGGGCCCACCAAGAAGAGCUGCAAGACGUCAUCAUGAGGGAGAAAGAGGCCUCGCAGCGUGCGCUGGAGCGUCUCGAGCGGCAGCACGCUGCGGCGCAACGCCAGGUGGAAGCAGAAGCGGAGAGGCGCGUGCGUGCCGGCGAGGAUGCACUGGCGGUGCGCGAGAAGCAGCUCGAAAUUGCCGAAGCAGAGUGGCAGCGUCGCCGUGCGGAGGACAAGGCAGCCUCACUGCAGGAACUGACGGCACACGUCGCUGCUCAGCACGCGAAGCAGCUCGCAGAGCUGAAAGAACAAGAGGCCAUCUUGCGCAGCGAGCACGCCAAGCUCGCGCAGCAGCAGGCCGUGAUGGAGCAUGACAUACGGAGGGUCAUGCGAGGUGAAAUGGAGAUGCGGCUGGCGGAGCAGCUCGCCGCCGCCGAAAAGGGCUGGAUACGACUGCUCGAAGCUGAGCUGCUGCAGCGCUUCACCACGUGGCAAGACUUGCGGAUGCAAGAGAUGGCGUGUGUGCAGCAGCUCCACCGCGAGGAGAUGCGUCUGCAUGACGAGCACCACGCAGUCCAGAUGGCCGCGUUGCAAGAUGCGCAGCAACGCCAUCUCUCUCAGGAGGCAGAGGCCAUGCGCGCGCGCGAGGCAGCCUGGGCGGCUGCACGCACUGCUUCGCUCGACGCCUACAGCGAGGCGGCCGCUGCCAAGUUGCAGGAAGUGCUGGCGGUGGAGAGAGCCCAGUGGGACACCGCUCAGCAGCAGCACGCAGCGAAACGAGGCGCCAGCUUGGAAGCUGCGGCUGCACGCGUCGCGGAGCACUUUGCCAUCACGGAGGCCACUCGUGCGCAGCUGGAGGAGGAAGUGCGCUCGAGCUACCUUGCAACCCUGAAGCAAGAGCAAGCAAAGAUGUCUGCACUCCUGGCGGAGCAGCGUCACCGUCAGGAAGAGGCCAUCGCGCAGGUGAGGGCAUCGUCCGCCGAGCUGGCUCAGCAGCAGGCCACGCAGUUUGAGAAGGACCGCGACGCACGCGAACGGGAACACGAGGCUCAUGUGCGAGAGGUAAGGGAGACCCUCGAGCGGCAGUUAGCUGCUCAGCGCUCCCAGCACGCGGCGGCACUUGCAGCAGAACGCUCGGUGGCGCAGGAUGGCAUCACGCGCCUCCAGCAGCAAGCGGACGCGGCGCGCGAGGCGUAUGAGAACGCCGCAUCUGCGCGGAUGCGGGAUAUGCGUCGCCUGUAUGAGCAGCAGAUUGCGAAGCUGCAGCAGCGCUGCGACGCGCAGGCGAGACAACUAGGCAGCAUGGAAGCGGGGUCGUACCUGCUGGAACAGCGGGUUCGAGACGAGCAGGAAGCGACGCUGCGCGCCGAGUACGAGGAGAGCAUUGCGGGCCUGCGCAACGCUAUCGAGGAGCGAAAUCGGGGCUACGCCGAGCUACAAGCCUCCUUGUACGCGCGCGUGCAAGCCGAGGCGGACCGCAUUCAAGCUGGUGCGGACGAAAAGGUAGCCCGCUUCAUGGAGCAGCAGCAGAAGCAACUCGCCGAGCUGCUCCUCGCCCACGAGAGAGCCCUUGGGGCGCAGCAGCAGCGCCAGCAGGAGGAGCUGGCACGACUGCGGGCUCGCCAUGAGGUGGAUCUAAAGGAGCAAGCAUGCAAACUCCGCAAAGACCACGAGGCCGCCGAAGCGGCUCUGCAGUCCACGUGGGAGGCCCACCAGGAAAGCUGGCAGAAACUCCUAGAGGAUGAGCGCCGCGACCGACGCGCCGCAGACGAACGCGCGAACGCGGCCGCGGCCGACGCGGCCGAGCUCCGUGUUGCGUGGGAGCAGCAGCAAGCAGCGGCCUAUCGCGCGCUGGACGAGCAGUACCGCGGGUUACUGGAGCAGAUUAGGCACGAUAUGCAGGUGGAGCGGGAAGAGCUUGCGCGUCGUUGCCUUGAAGAGGAGGAACAGCGCUUUGCAGCCAAGAUGCUGCAGUGUCAGCACGCUCACCGUCAACCACCCAAAGCUCAGCCGCAGAAGAAGCCGAGCACCUCCGCACAUUCCUUUCCCACACCGGGCACACCCAUUCUUGUCACGGCUCCGGAGUCCCGAACGCCGCUCGACAGAAAGUGCAGUAGUGGCGCUGCAACCGUGACCCUCUCGACUCCCGCUGCUCCGUGCUCGGCGACCUCGCAGGGAAGUCCUCUGCUCAUCUCUCCAGCUGCCCCUGUUGAACUUCCGCCAGCGCAUCACCACAACCACGAGCAGGAGCCGUGGGCAAAUUUGGUCCAACGGUCGAAGCAGCGUCUUCGGCAGCUGUGGGACGUGCUGGAGGUUCCCUCUGACGACCAGCGCGCCUUCCUCAGCUACGCAGACUCGCUUGCGCAAGAGGUACCCGCGGCGGAGUUGCAAGGCGCGCUGAUGAGGGAGCAGCGACGGUUGGAGGCGCAGCUGCCUCUCCUAGAGGCUCUGACACGUCGCGAGUACGUGCAGCGGCAAUUGCGCGCCUUGGCCAAUGUACGACCCUUGGUCGCACUCCCCAUCAACAGCACGCCUGAUGCCAAGCUGAGGCGCUUGAGCGCCGAGCACGGCGAUGACGGUAACGAUGACGCCGUUCACGUCUCCGUCUCCGUCCCUUCACCAUCCUUCUCUGGCGUGCGUACUGAUGGUGGGAAGAGCGCUGCUGCAUCUGCGGCCGUUUCGCCGCCGACCAAGACGCGAGGCAAGUCGGAGGGCAAGCAACUUGAGCAGCUGCAGCUGGAGUUGCAGCGGCUGACAGAGCAGCUCCGCCGCGACAUCACGCAGCAUGAGAAAGAGUACGGGCAGCUCUUCUGCGUCCACGGCACACGCGUGAUGGACACACUGUGA